GUGGUUGGGCAGUGAAUGUCUCGGAAAAAGAGAGCCUAAGACGCCAUUUGGGGCUGAGCUGCAGAGUCGGGUCCUAGGCUGUGUACAGUGACAGGGAGUACUCUCAGAGGAGCAAAGACAGAAUGAAAACCCUGCUUGUAACACUUGCUGUCAGUGAUUGGGUCAUGGCCCAUACCUCAGUGUCAUGAAAGCCUAUUCCCCUCCUAUCUGCAUUAUCUCCAAGGUUCUUAUCUGUCCCCCUGAGAUGACUCCAGGAGAUCAGGUGAUGGUGAACAAGCUGACACCAGCCAGGCCUCAGCCCUCUGUGAUGUUCGAGGAUGUGGCUAUCUACCUCACCCAGGAUGAAUGGGGCCAUCUGGGACCUGCUCAGAGGAGUCUGUACAAGGAUGUGAUGCUGGAGAAUUAUGAAAACCUAGUCUCAUUGGGAUUUCUAGGGUCCAAACCUGAAGUGAUCUCUCAGCUGGAACAAGGGGAGGAGCCAUGGAUCCUAGACAUGAAGAGAAUUGAGAAAAGACAAAUCCUGAAAGGCGUCUACCCAUAUGAUGAGACAAGAUUGAGAAACAACGAGCUUCCUUCAAAUCAAGGAAUUUAUGAAAAAGUAGAAUCCCAAUACACGACCUUAGAAAUACUCAGAGGGAAUAUUCCUCAGUUCCUCAAGUUCAGAGAAGUAUAUAACUAUGAUUGCAGGAUAGAACAACACCAAAGAGAAACUGUUGAAGAGAGACAGAGGAAAUCCUGUUCUUUGGUGAGAGAUUUUAGGCCAGUGACAAUAAUUCAGAAUGAAAACUCCUUGGAGUGGAGAGCACAAGUAAAUACCAAAUUUGGGAGAAGCUUAAAUUUGUGCUCAAAUCCUAAUGGACAUCUGAGAGUGCCUGCUGAAGAAAUACCUUAUAAAUGUGAUACAUGUGGCCAAGGCUUCAAACAGAAUUCAGAUCUAAUUAAUCAUCAAAGAAUCCAUACAGGAGAGACAUUUUGUAUAGCUGAUGUGUUUAGGCAAGUGUUCAGGCAGAAUUCAGUCGUUCCUGGAAAACAGAAAGCUUACAAUGAUGAGAAAUCUUCUGAAUGUAAUGAAUUUGAGAAAACCCUGAGUCAAAAAUUGACAUUUACUAAACAUGAAAGACCAUUUGCUAGAAACAAACCCUAUGAAUGUAAUGAAGGUGGCAAAACUUUUAGUCAGAGUGCAUACCUUAUCCAACAUCGAAGAAUUCACACUGGAGAGAAACCUUAUAAAUGUAAUGAAUGUGAGAAAACUUUUAGUCAGAGAUCAACCCUCAUUAAGCAUGAGAGAACACAUAAUGGAGAGUUCUAUGAAUAUGAUGAAUGUGGGAAAACCUAUCAGAACUCUCACCUUAUUUAUCAUCAAAGAAUUCACUCUAGAGAGAAACCCUAUCAGUGUAAUGAAUGUGGGAAAGCAUUUAGUGCUUGUUCCUCUCUUAUUCAACAUCAUAGAAUUCAUACUGGAGAGAAACUCUAUGAAUGCAAUGACUGUGGGAAAACCUUUAGUCAAAGCUCUAACCUUAUUGAACAUCAGAAAACACAUAAAGGAGAGAAAUGUCAAGAGAAAUGUUAUGAAUGUAGUAUAUGUGAGAAAGUCUUCAGCACACACUUGUCUUUUAUUCAGCAUCGAAAAAUUCAUACUGGAAAAAAACCAUAUGAAUGUGGCCAGUGUGGGAAAGCUUUCCAUCAAAAAACUCACCUUAUUACACAUCAGAGAAUUCAUACUGGAGAGAAACCUUAUACCUAUAAUGAAUGUGGAAAAGCUUUCAGUCAGAGCUCUCAACUUACUCAACAUCAGAUAAUUCACACAAGAGAUAAACUUUAUGUGUGUAAUGAAUGUGGGAAAACCUUCAGUGCUCAUUCUUACCUUAUUCGACAUCAAAGAAUUCAUACUGGAGAGAAACCUUAUGAAUGUAUUGAAUGUGGGAAAACUUUUAGCCAGAGAAUAACCCUUACUGUUCAUGAAAGAAUUCACACAAGAGAGCAACCUUAUAAAUGUGACACAUGUGGAAAAUGCUUCAGUGCUCGAUCAUCUUUUAUUCAACAUUGCAAAAUUCACACUGGAGAUAAACCUUAUGAAUGUAGUGAAUGUGGCAAAACCUUCCGACAAAGCUCUCAACUUGUUACACACACGAGAAUUCACACUGGAGAGAAACCUUAUGAGUGUAAUGAAUGUGGAAAAGCUUUCAGUGCAUGGUCAUACCUUAUUCAGCAUAAGAGAAUUCAUACUGGAGAGAAGCCCUAUAAAUGUAAUGAAUGUGGGAAAUCAUUCAGUCAGCACUCUAACCUUGUUAAACACCAGAGAAUUCACACAGGAGAGAAACCUUAUGGGUGUAAUGAGUGUGGGACAGCCUUUAACCAACGCUCUAGCCUUAUUCAGCACCAGAGAAUUCAUACUGGAGAGAAACCUUAUAUGUGUAGUGAUUGUGGGAAAGCUUUUAGCCAGAGUUCCAACUUGGUUAAACAUCAAAAAAUUCAUGCUUCAGAAAAAUUCUGCAAUAAAGCAGUCACUUCAUGAUUUGGUUUUUUUAAAUUCAGUCCUCAAGUUGGUGUGUUGCUUUUUAAAUGUCUUUCCUUAUAGUUUAUUUACAGUAGAUUGCUAGCAAAUGACUGUUGGGUGUCUUGGCAUGUUGAUAAAGAUCUCCUUGAGAUGAUUAAGAGGUUUCUCAACAUGCCCAGGAUGAGACAGUGGCAAUUUCCUUUAUUAGUCGAUUCCUGCUUUCAUUAUCCCAGGUUCAUACUGACCACAUAAGGCAAGGUCAAGGACUAUAAACAGUUUAGAUACCUUUACUAAACUGAAGUGUCCACAGGCAUCUCAUAGGAUGGCCUUCAUGCUUUCUUGUGGCAACGUAUAAAGAUUCAUUUUGUUUGUUAGUUUGUUUCUCUUUGGACUUUUUUUCCCAUACAGUUGUUUCUCUUCAACUAACUUUGUAAAAGGAGCAGCUAGGUGGGACAAUGGAGAGAGCACUGGGCCUAGAGUCAGGAAGACUUGCCACUAACUAGCUGUGUGACCCUGGGCAAGUCACUUGUGCCUGUUAGCCUUAUUUCUUAAUCUAUCAAAUGAUGUAGAGAAGGAAAUGGCAAACCACUCCAGUAUCUUUGCCAAGAAAACCAAAAAUGGGGUCAUGAAGAGUUGGAUACUACUGAAAUGACUCAAUAAAACUUUGUAAAACAUCCUUU